AUGCAGGAGCACCAAUACGGACCCCCCGUCUCAAAAACCCCCUUACUCCAGAAGUCUUCGUCAAUGGUUGUUGGGGAUGCCGCCGCCGCAGAAUUUAGAACUCGAAUAGCUAAGGGCGGCACAACAGUCGGCAAAGGUGACGACAAGCCCGCAACCGGCACUGUGAACACAUGCAGUCGUUUACUUCGGGAUGGUGUUUCUCUAGAGGAAUACUCGCCGGCGCUAUCAGUAGAUGUCUCGCCGAAACACAGCAGACUACCAGAUAUAAGCUCUCAAGGCGUUGAUUCAACUUCGCUAGAGGAUAUAUCUUCUCUUAAAAAUUUAUUUGAAAAAGGUGCUACGAUAUGUGCACCAAAGCCUAUCCGGCCGGUUUCGGAAAACCCAUCAUUGACAGCUGCGAUUAUAGCCACUCAGCUUUCAUCUUCUAACUCCACACACAGCUCAAGCAGAGGCAGUCCCAUCCUCAAGCAAAGUUCAAAACCUGCCCAGGGAAUUUCAACUCCUUUAAACUUUGACAACCGUCCAAGCUCUCAUAUCACGGCACAUGAACCCUCGCCUUUUCUACUUGACUCGAAGCAAUCUGAGAUGCACGAGACAUCUGGAUUAUCAGACCACAAGAAUGCGCUUUUAGCAGCUACUUUAGCUGCCAAGGGAAAAAUUCCACGAACCCCCCCAAAAAAAUCCCAACCCCCAAGGCCGCCUCCCCCGAGAAGAGCACAUGAUAGUUUGAAGGUACCCAAUGGCAAGACUUUAAAAAUUGAGGAUAACUCCGAUGCGUUGUCUAUUGAUUCGGUGAAAACGGGUUUCUCAAAGUACGACACUGCUCGCUCAUCGGUUUCAUUGCAACCCUCCCUAUCGCACUCAACAAUAUCUCCCAUACCAAAGAGACGCCUUUCACUGGGAAAUAUCCCCCCCCAAAUGGCAGGAGGUAAAUCCUUCGCCGUGGUGUCCGCCGCAACCCACAUUCCCCCCAUCCGCGGUAGCUGCCGCCAACCUUUGCCAUUAUCAAAGCAUUUGACCGGGGACUCUGUUAUAGCUGCGUCACUCGCUCCGUCCCGCGUGAAUUCGCCCGCGCCGAGGAAGCCGCCUGCACCACCUGCACCGCGCCGUGGCCGUCGAAAAAGUCUUCCCUCACCCCCCAAAACAGGGUUUAGGGAAACAAUGAGGAAGCCUAGGUCACCUGCUGAAGCUAGCCCCCAAAUAAAGAUGCCAAAUCUUAUAAAACAUCAUCCACAUAAACAUUCGGAGGGGGAGCGUCGGCGUUGGAGGCAUUUUAUUACCGAUGUAGAGCGAAAACGUUAUGAGGGACUGUGGGCUGCAAAUAAGGGACUUCUCCUGACCACAUGUGAUUCGAAAUCGAAAGGCCCUUCACCCUAUUCAUUCAGUUUACAGAAAACAAAAUCUCACCAGCCACAUAGCUUUCAGUUACAACAUGUGUGGUCGUCAACGCCAGACUAUACUGAAGACUUGUCGGAUUGCGUGCAUUCUUUGAUAGCGAGGGAUAUUUGGACUAGAUCGAGACUGCCGUUGAAUCAUUUAGCAGAUAUCUGGGGCCUUGUCGAUCACGGUAUGAAGGGUAGACUUAGCAGAGACGAGUUUGUUGUUGGUACGUGGUUGAUAGACCAGAGUUUGAAGGGAAGGAAACUGCCUCUCAGCGUCCAGGACGAAGUGUGGCAAUCAGUCAGAAGACUGGGCGUCAAAAUACCACCACCAGGUUGCAAGAGUACUACAUAUAGCAAAAGACAUUAG